CUUUCUCGGGUCUCGAGACCGUCUGUUACUGUGGUAACGACUAUAAACAACAUUAUGAAUGGUUAGCCAAUGGCUAAAACGCCAGCAUUUACACAAUCUGUGUUCAAUUUAUUUGUUGUUAGGUCUUAAUUCUCAUUAUAUGAAGCACUUCUCAUUAACUUGAGCUUUUAACAUUUUGAACAGGUAAGUUAGCUGACUGGUCACUCAGUAAAGCCAACUGAAAAAUGUCAGAUGUUGAUGAAGAUGAGGUGUUCCAUGGGGAUUCAGAGGGAGAAGGGCAGAGCGAAGAUAUUCAAGAAGAGGAAACGUCUGAACAGGAUCAGAUCGAGACUUGUCCUUUGACACAGGACAUAAUAGUCCAAGGCCUGUCUUUACUGUGCCGCACAGGAAAUGGACUUGCUCAUGCGUUUGUCAAACUUGAUCUAAAAGAAAGGCACCUGUCUGAUAUUGUCUUGCUGAGCUCCCUUGUCCAUCUGCGUUUCUUGGACAUCUCCUCCAAUUACCUGACGGACCUUUCUCCACUGGCUGCCUUAACACAGCUCCUUUGGCUAAAGGGUGAUAGCAAUCGGCUUCAAAGGUUUAAAGGUCAGCCGCUGGAUCAGUUCACAUACCUGCAAUGGCUCAGCCUGGCGGUCAAUCGUCUGUGUGAUAUGGAAGGGCUUGGUGGGCCUUCCCUUGAAACCCUUAAUCUAAUUGGUAAUGGCAUUCAGAGGGUUUUCGGUCUUGAAUAUCACAGACUGACCAAUCUGGUGACUCUGGAGCUGCGAGGGAACCGCUUAGAAACUACAGAUGGAAUUUACCUCCCCAACUUGCGUCGUCUUUAUCUGGCCCAGAAUAAAAUAAAACGGUUAGAAGGUCUGGAGAAACUGGAGCGCUUAACAAUUCUUCACCUCAGAGACAACCAGCUAGAGACACUUGAUGGAAUCAGUCCCAGUAUGAAAUCUCUGCAGUACCUUAAUGUCAGGGGCAACUUGGUAUCGUCCCAGCAGGCACUGCAAAGCCUAAUGGGAGUUAUGCACACACUGCGGGCCCUGGUGUUGGCAGAGAACCCUCUCUCAGAGACAGAGGAUUAUCGGCUCUUUGUGCUUGCACAACUCCCAUUUCUUGAAAGACUAGACAAAGAGUCUGUCUCCUCUGAGGAGAGGUCCGAAGCUCAGGAAAGAUUCAGGGAAUUUCAAGACUCCCCAGAACAAGAGGACCAUUAAAUGUGACAAUAGGGAACAGAGUUACAUUCAUUUGUCUGCAUUUCUGUUAAGGACAUUGUUGGCCGUAGCACCUAACUAAGGUGUGUAUGCUUCACUGUGCCUAAAUAAAUUAAUUCCAUCA